CGAACCAACUGGAGCACCGGCACCAUCCCGGCAUCCUGGAGAGGGAUUUUGUGAGAUUUUGUGUGGAUACAUGGGAUCCAUGCUCAGAUGGGAGAUUUGGGUGAAUAUUUGAGAUAUUUGGCACCCCUGGCACCCGUUUCCCCCCGGACAGCACACACAGUGCCCAUUUCAAAGAUGGCGGCAGCAGCGUCACCCGUCCCACACAACGGGGGGAGCCAGACCGGGCGGAAGAGAAUUUUGACCGGAAGUGAGUCCGUCCCGAAUUGGGUCCCCCGCGGGCGGAUGCGCAGGGCCUGGCGGCGGGGAGCGAUGGAGGCCGGCGGGCACGGGCAGGAGGCCGAGGCGGGCGGCCAUGGCGGCCACAAGAAGAAGCACAAGAAGCACAAGAAAAAGCACAAGAAACGGCAUCACCACGAGGCCGGGCCGGCCCCGGGGCCCGAACCGCCUCGGCAGCCACGGCUGCGGCUCCGGAUUAAGCUGGGAGGGCAAAUCCUGGGCACCAAGAGUGUCCCCACGUUCACGGUGGUCCCCGAAGGGACGCACUCGCCGUCCCCGCUGCUGGCGGGGGAUGAGGAGGAGCCCAGCGUGCCCAUCGAGCAGUACCGGGCAUGGCUGGAUGAGGACAGCAACCUGGCCCCCUCACCGCUGCCCGAGCUGGACACCGAGAGCUGCUUCCCUGGCCGAGAGGAGGGCGAGGAGGAGGAGGAGGAAGAGGAGGAGGAAGAGGAGGAGGAGGAGCGGCGCUGGCUGGCGGCCCUUGAGAGGGGGGAGCUGGAUGACAACGGGGACAUCAAGAGGGAGGUGGACGAGUCCCUCCUGACGGCCCGGCAGCGCGCGUUGCUGCACAAGCAGCAGAGCCAGCCCCUGCUGCAGCUGCCCAUGGGCGCCAAGGCCAAGGAGGUGACGGAGGAGAUGCGGGAGAAGCGCGAGGAGCGGGCGCGGCGCCGGCGGCUGCAGGCGGCCCGCAAGGCCGAGGAGAGCAAGAACCAAACCAUCGAGCGCCUGACGCGCACGCACAAGGCCAAGGUGCGGGCCCUGCGCGAGCGCCGCGCCCGCCCCGCCCCGUGCCCCGUGGUUCAUUACCGCAGCGCCGCCGACGGCGUCACCGUCUCCUUCCCCGCCGGCUUCCCGGUGCCCGCGGCCGCCGCCGCGCCGCCCGCGCCGCCCGCCCAGCCCUGCGCCGUGCCCGGUUGCGGCAACGCCAAGCGCUACAGCUGCGCCCAAACCGGGCGGCCUCUCUGCAGCCUGGGCUGCUACCGGCGCAACCUGCAGCUGCUGCAGAGCGCGGGCUGAGAGCGGCGAGGGGGGACAGGAACUCUCCAGGGGCUACGGGACCUCUGAGGGGACCUCACCAAGGGGCGAUGAGCCCUCUGUGGGGGCUGCAGAUCCUCUGCAGGGGGCUAUGGGGCCUCACCAAGGGGCUUUGAGCCCUCUGUGGGGGCUGCAGAUCCUCUGCAGGGGGCUAUGGAUCCUCGCUGCGGAGCUAUGGGUCCUCACCAGGGGCUACAGACACUCUCCAGGGGGCUAUGGGUCCUCUGAGGGGCGCUCCAGACCCUCACCAGGGAGCUACAGAUCCUCUGCAUGGGGCUAUGGACCCUCUAUGGGGGGCUAUGGAUCCUCUGAGGGGGCCUGGGAGACUCUGAGGGGAGCUAUGGGUCCUCUCUGGGGGGCUAUGGGCCCUCUGAGGCGAGCUACAGACUCUUAUUAGGGGGCUACGGACACUCUCCAGAUCCCCUUGGUGGCUAUGGAACCUCGGAGAGGAGCCACAGGCCUUCUCUGGUGGGUUAUGGAUCCUCUGAGGGGAGCUAUGGCCCCCACUGGGGCCUACAGACCCUCACCAGGGGGAUACGGGACCACUGCAGGGGCUACAGAUCCUCCCUGGGGGGCUACAGGCCCUCACCAAGGGGCUAUGGAUCCUCUGAGGGGGCUAUGGAUCCUCUCUGGGGGGCUGUGGAUCUUCUCCGGGGCUGUGGAUGCUUUGCUGUGGAUCCAAAGGGCCAGACCAGCCGGCCAUAUGGAGUUCCUGCAUUGUCCACACGGACACAGAGAGCUGGAAGAGGAACCUGUGGGUCUGCACUGUGGGGAGCUCCAGACCUUCCACGUGGAGCCAGAACAAGGAGAUUCAGAAUGUCCGUCAUGGAUACAGAGGCUCUGGCCAGGCCACCCAGAGAGCUGCAGUUCCUCAUGGACACCUGGAGCUCCUCCAAACGCAUGUGGACACCUGGGAUGUGAAGCUCCAGUGGGCUUUGGGCUCUCCAGCGUGGACACGGGGGGUUGGGGACCCCGGCAGGGACAGAGGGUGGUCCUGAGGUGGCAGAGCUGAUUAAAAGCUGUUGUUGAAG